CGUGUUUACUUCCGGAAGUGAGUUGUUGUCAGUGUCAGACUAUUAAACCUCACAUCUACAGCUCCGGACCGAGAGGUGUGUCCUCGUCCACAGGAUGGCACAUUGGUUUCACAGAAACCCACUGAAGGCAACAGCGGCCGUGUCCUUUAACUACUAUGGAGUGGCAGGGAGCCCCGCUGCCAAUAAGAUAUGCAAUGACCUGAGGACAAACCGGGCGAGACUGCUGGAGAUGUUCACCGAUGUCACCUGCAACCCUGAGAUCAUGAAAAAUGCCACAGAUGCAUACUUCUCCCUCCUGCAAGGCUUUAUCACAUCCUUGGAUGGAACUACUCAGGAGAACAAGAUGAGGUUCAUCCAGAACUUCAAGUGGACUGACACCUUACAAGGAAACACACCAAGUGCCCAGCAGGAUGCGGUCUUUGAACUGGUCUCCAUGUCCUUCAACGUAGCCCUCUGGUACACCAAGUUUGCCUCGAGACUAGCAGGGAAAGAAAACGUGACAGAGGCUGAAGCGAAAGAUGUUCACCGGAGCCUGAAAGUGGCUGCUGGUAUAUUUAAAACCCUCAAGGAGGUCCACAUCCCUCGUCUCAUCACCCCAGCCGAAAAGGGCAGAGACCUGGAGCCCCGGGCGAUCGAUGCAUACAUCAUCCAGUGCCAAGCGGAGGCACAGGAAGUGACGAUUGCCAGAGCGAUUGAACUGAAGCACAACGCCACACUCAUCGCAGCGUUGGCUUUUGAGACGGCAAACUUCUAUCAAAAAGCUGACCACACGUUGAACACCUUGGAGCCAGACUGCAGUAGCAAAUGGAGGAAGUACUUUCAGCUGAAGCAGCACUUUUACAUGGCUUAUGCGUACUGCUAUCAUGGACAGACGCUGCUGGCGAGUGACAAGUGCGGUGAGGCUAUACGAUCUCUCCAGGAGGCGGAAAAGUGUUACUCCCAUGCCGAGGCGCUGUGUAAAGAGUAUCGUCAGACCAAAGGGCCCGGCACCACGGCCAAACCCUCGGAGCAGCUGUUCUUCCUCAAACUGGGCGGUCUCAUUAAGAUCACACUGGAGAAGUGCCAGAGAGAAAAUGGCUUCAUAUACUUCCACAAGGUCCCAGUCGAGGCGCCCCAGCUGGAGUUGAAGGCGAGUUACGGCCUGGCCGAGCCAAUCCCCUUCGAGCUGCCGCCCCUUAGUGAGCAGUGCACUCCUGAAGUCUAUGCCACCUUUGACCUGACCAAGGGAGCCAAAAAUGACAAGGCCAAACCCAAGGAGGAGGAGGUGAAACCAGUGAAGGAGCCAGAUCUGAAGCCUCAGAAGGACACAGGAUGUGUCCUCUCCUAAACCAUCCACUUACAGCCCCCUCAUGCUUUAGUACCAUCUAUUGUAAUGAUGGCAUCCAUACUUCUUGUACAUAUAUUCUUUUUCAUCCGUGAUGUUUUACGUUUCUGCUGAAACGUGCGUAGUGCAUUCAGGUCUGACAGCCGUUAGCGGCUCACAGCUGCUCAUUCAGUCAACCUUAAACAUUUUUGAAAAGAUGGGAAGUAAUUACAUGUCAGCUAAAAUGAUAACUUCUAAAGACGGUCUUUACGUGACGGAAUUUAAAGUACAUCAAUUCUAAAUAAGCCUCAUUGGUGAAGCAGUCUUAUAAUGGUGCCUUUGGCUGCAAUGUUAACCUCCUCACUGCGGCCUCUUACAGAAGAAGUGUCUGCUUUUAACCGUUUUUGGCACCGGAGCGAUCUGGCCUGAUUUUAGAUGACUCAGAUAAUAGAAAUAAAACACGCUGGAUCUAAACAAAAAAAUGCAGCAGCAGCAUCAGAAAAUAAUGUAUCCCCUCUACAUAGAAUACAUGAUGCAACCCUCCAGAAUUAACAACUGCAGGAAACUUGAAUUCCCACAGUCGGCCUCUACGAUCUGCCUGCAUUUCAAGCUGAGAUUAAAACACACUCAUGAUAAUCAACAGGGUUUAAAUGUAAAUCAGUAAUGGACAAACAAAAAACCAACAAAACCGCAUGCGUCAUCGUUGGCCGUUUUGUUUGUUUUAGAUGUUGCAGUUUACAAUCAGUACUUUAUUUAGUCACAUGUACUGUAGUUCUUUUUGCACACAACAUAGCUGAUUUUUUUGUUGUUGUUUUUUUACUUCUACUAUUCAUAUAGGAAAACUUUUAUUACUGGGAUCAUUCUUCAACAUGUGUAGGGAUUCUGUGUAGUUCAUAAUUUAUUUCUAUUGUUCUGUAAUAUUUUAGUUUGAAACACUUACAUCAGCAUAUACAAUUCUGUGUGGCUCAUGUUUUCAGUGUGGUUGAUUUUCAUUUUUCCUGUUUCAGUGGAUGUACCAGACCACCCACUGAUACAUUUAUGGUCAAACUGCUUAAAGUGUUGAGUUGCUGAGAGAGUGCUUCUGUCAACAGUUGACACAAUGUAUGUAGUAUGUACUGUACAUUUAUGGAGUGUUUUCCCCUUCCUUAUAGAUAGAGAUCGGGGCAUGAGCAGUAUCAAAUCACACAAACAUUCAUGUCUAAAGUUAUCUUAUGUGCUGCUGCCUCACAGAACAUUCUCCCACAGUUAAAGCGUAACUAUGGUUUUCUGAAAACUUUGUAAAAACUGUAAUAUACUGCUCUCCUGAACUCAUUUGUGCCCCUACAUGUAUAUUAGCUCCCCUGAGCUUGACUCUAACGGCAGUGAAAAUCCGAGUCAAAAUCAAGUGCUGUCUCACUAAAUUUAGUUUUAGCACAUUGUAACACCUUUGCACUUUAUAUUCAGCUGUGCAGGAAGUUCAGUGUGGAUCAGAUGGAAAUAUAACGGCUAAGGCAUAAAACCAUUGUUCAAUAUACCUGAAACGGCAGAUUUUAAAUAAGUAGAAAUAAACCAACACUAAUCCUUUGUUCUGUUCAAGGCAAACUGUUUAUUAAAAGGGUGUGUCAGAUCACCAUUACAGUGUACACCCUCCUGUAGCUCAUUAUUCCUCCUCCGACGGUGUCCGUCAUGUAAAAUGUAUUUCUAAAGGUAUUAAAUCAUCCAUAGAAGAUAAUUCUUCCACAUCUUGUGCUCAUGUAUGUCACCAUGAUUUAAGCAUCAUCCCUUUUUGUUGCACAAGGAUUUAACAAAGAACAAAACCUACAACAAUAAUAAA